CGUGGCCAGUGCGCUAGAAGACGUCGAGGGGCGACGAUGUGGAACGCUCUCUUUGGCUCGGACGAUGACAUGAUGGACCCGACGCAUCCGGGCGGCGCCGCCAAGGUGAUCUACAGCGCGGGCGAGGAGCCAGACGCCAUGACGAUGCUCUUGGGCCGGCUCACGACCUUGCUCGAGCGCCUCGGCGAGGCCGAGCAUGCGCGCAAGCUGUGGGAAGAGAAGGCCCGAAAGCUUGAGACCGUCAACCAGAAGCUCGCGUACGAGCUUGAGUACAGCACGGACGCAGAGCUACGAGGUCGCAUUGAGGACCUUACGGCCAUGAACACUGCCCUGACAACCGUCAAGGCCACGCUCGAGAAGGAAGUCGAGACCAAGGAGGCCCGGGUGCAUGCACAGGACUCAGUCGUGAAGGAACUCGAAGCUAAAGUCAGCGACCUUGAUGAGAGCCAUGCAGCUCGUGUUGCCGAGCUUGACGAGCUUGUCGUCACGAAGGAGGAAACCGACCGUGAGAUCCAACGCCUCUGCCGUAGCUUGGAUCAGAAAGCGGCCGAAAUUGCAACACUGACCCGCGACAUCAAGGCUUCUGCUGCCGCCCGCGAUGAAGAGCGCGCGGCUCUUGAAGCUGCCUCCGAUGCAGAAAAGGCCUCUCUCAUCGCCCAGUACGACCGAGUCCAAGAGGAAGACCAGGUCAAGCUGGCGACGGCUGCUAACGAGUUGGCCCAGCUCCACGCGACAGUUGCGCAGCUCGAGGCUCAGCUGGCUUCCCUUACCCAAGUGGAAGCCACCCUCCGCGAGUACCUCGCGCAGGCGCAGGCGCAUGUCGAGCACAUGACCACCGAGCUCAACACCGAAAAGGCCAAGCUGGCGGAGGCCCACUCCAAGAUCCAUCGAUUGGAGAUGGACCACGCUGCCUUGAAGCAGCUCGAGUCGACUUGGAAGGAGGACGCGAUCCGCAAACUCACGGAGCAAGUUCAAGGCACGCAGGACGAGCUCUCGCGCAUGAUGGAGCUCAACAUGGAGCUUACAGAGCACAAUGUGGCCUUGGAAGAGGAGCUGGGCGCUCCAAACCCCGCGCUGGACCACGCUCAAGAGCACAUCCAGGCGCUUGAGGACGAGCUCGAGGGCUGGCGCACGACCGUCGACGCCAACAAUGCGGUGUGGACGACGUCGCUCGAGAAGGAGCAAGCUACUGUGCUGGCCCAAGCCCAACACAUUGCGCAACUCGAGGUUGCAGUGAGCGAACUUGAAACGGCGUUCGACCAUCAGUCGGACAGCCUCCGCGCCCAGAUGCAAGCGCUCGAGGCGCAAGCAAACGAGUGGCGCCAACGUCUCGAAGCUCAGACCACCGAGUGGACCGAUGUUCAGGCCGAGAUGGCUGCAGCGCACGCUGCCGAGAUUCGCGCCCGCGACGACGCACACGCUGCUCAGGUCACGUCGCUUCAAGACACGAUCGCCUCGAUUCAGCUGGCAAAAGACAAAGAGGUGCUUGCGCUGCACGCGGCGCUAGUCCAAGAGAAGGAAGCGCUACGCACCCAACUGGACGAGGCGCUCGCGUCUGCGGUGUCGGUAUCAGCGACGGCCGAGCUCGAGACGGAGAACGCCCAGCUACUCGAGUCGAUAGCCUCUAUGAAGGAGGCCGAGGGCCAGUGGCGCGCGCGGGAAGCCAGCAUGGAAGCGUCGCUCGAGGCUAUGGCAAGGCAGGCAAGUGACAGCGCGAUUGCCAAAGAGCAGGAGCACGCGGCGUCGCUGGCCGCUCUGAACGAUGAGCUGGCAUCAACAAUCGCGGCGCAUGAAGCGAAGGUUACUACGCUCCAGGAGCAAAUUGCCAACACACAGGCUUUCCUCGAAGAGUGCGAAGAGGCGGCGCUCGAGUGGGAGCGCAAGUAUGACCGCGUGUAUGACGAUCUCCAGACCUCGGCUGCCCACGGUCUCGCGCUCACCGACGCCGUUGCAGCGCUCGAGGCCGACAAGGCAGCUACGGCAGCCCAUAUUGCCGCGCUAGAAACCGACGCAUCUGCCAAAGAUCAAGCGCAUGUCGAGCUUCAAGCGAACCUCGCAUCGUUGGCGACGUGUCACGAAGCAUCUGUCGCAGCCUUGCAAGCUGAUCACACCACGCAGCUCUCGGUUCGCGACCUGACGAUUGACGAGCUCCAGUCGCGUCUCCAGACGAUGGAAAUGGAGGCCAACCAGAGCGCGGCUAACGACCUCGCUGCUGCCCAAAGCAAGGCGGCCAUCGAGAUUCGGGCACUCCAGACCGAGCUUUUUGCGGCCCACGAAGAAUGCGAGCGACUACGAGCGGCGCUUUCGACGGCCGAUUCGACAAAGUCGGCAGCAGAGGCGGCGAUGACCGAGGCGUUUGAAGCUGAAAAGGCACGCCUGCUGGGUAUGCUCGACCAGGGCAAGCAAGCCUUCCAAGUGCUCAAGACGAAGCACACGCAGAUGCUCGAUGAGUUCCGCGUUGUGUCGGACGAGAAGUCGACGCUGUCGUCUGAAAUUCAAGCACAGCUGGACGCUGCGCAGCGUGUCUUUGACGCCGAGAAGCGUCAGUUGCAACACGAGCUCGCUGCGACGCAAAAGAUGCUUUCGGACGUGCACGCGUCGGCCAAUCUCUCGAACGAGCACCUCGAGGAGCACAUCCGCGAGCUGCAGCACCAGAUGCAUCUGCGCGAAAACAAGUUCGAGUCUGAGACCGAAGACCUCCUCGAAGAAAUCGCGAGCCUCAACGGCCAACUCACUGACAUCCAAGUGCAAAACAACGUCCUCUCGGCACGUAGCCACCGCCUCGCCCGUGAUUUGUCUCAGUUUAUGGACCUCCCACCCGAGGACGCCGUGUUGAUCGCCAACCCCAACACGCCCAACCUCUGGGAGCUUCUCGCGACGGGCAUGGAGCAGCUCAAGUCGGACCUCGAGGUCGCCAGCACGUAUGCAUCCAACUUGGACCAAAUGGACGGCAACGACAACCUCCAAGACGCUUCGUUCAGCGCCUUCUCGCCCUCGAACGCCAGUCAAGAUCUCGCAUCGUCCUCGUACCGCGACCAUGAGCCGAUGCGCACCGCCGCCGUCCAGUAGCUCAAACAGCUAAAUACAUGUAUAUUCUACCUCACAUUCCUUUGUACGCGA